AUGAUCUCUAUAUAUGCUCCAUUAAUAUAUGUUGCGGUGCUGAUUGGCGCCAUGUACGGUGUUUCUGUGUUUGUUCGAAAAUCAAGAACCAUACCAAACGAAUUUGUUUCAGAAGAGUGGUUUGGAAAAAAUUUUGUAAGAAGCUACUUCUUCCAGCUUUUGGAGCAAAAUCCUCCGGUCCCAGACACCAUCAUAAAAGCAGGAUUAGUCUUGCGCGCUACGGAAGCUCUGCGCCAGUUAAUGAGACUAAAAUCGUCUAGAAUGGCUCUCAACGUUUUGCUGAAUCGAGGUGGUGUUGGCGAUGACCUGGUUCGUAAAUUUAGCCGGUUAGAAAAAGAAACUGAACUGGAAUUGAUGGAUAUUGCAAAGACUGCCAAUUCUUUACAGCCUGGUUGGAACCAAUUUAUUUUUCAAAGUUGCAAUGAAAUCAUUGAAAACGAAAAAAUUAUUGAGCAAAUCGAGGAAAUUCCUAAUGAUUCGGAACAAAUCUCCAAUCGCUGGUCUGGCGAGAAGCAACUUUAUGAAGACGCUGAGAAUGAACGGCGCUUAGAAGCCCAAAAAGAUUUGGGUGUCUUUUAA